CGCCUUGGUUGAUACCAGUGAUGGCUCUUACCUUGUCUCUUUCACCCGCAUAAUCAUCAGUGAUAAAAAUGCGCACAUGUGCUAGUGAACAAAGUGCCAGAGGUCAACGAAAUGACUGAGAAUUUAUUGGAUGGUUAAAGAUGAUUGUGACCGACUGUUGUUAGGCGCCACGUGUGGUCCCGCAUAUCGAGCAUUAACUGCCGUCCCCUGAGACCCAUUUAUCAGCGAAAAUUCGAUUCCACUGCGGUAUCGAGCGGAACUCAUUCGAUGUCGUCAACGUUUAUGUUUUAAUUUUUUUUCAAGUUAAAGUUUUCGUUUUAAUUGAUGCAGUCGGCGAGUCAAUUCAGGCCAAUGCUGGACGAUUUAUUCCGGUGACUGUCACUAAUCGUCUUCGGAAAUUGAUUGAUAAGUGAAUGCUUAUGCCAUAACAGAGAUUGAUUGACUGGGGAUGAUGCAACAGUGGGAAUAUCGUCAGGCUGACUGGGUCCGCUGAUACCGCGAUCGCAGUUUUCAAAACUGAUUACGGGGUGCGUGAGUGAUGAUGUCGACAAUUUGGGAAAUGCGGAAUCAUCAGUUGACUAUUGUCUGAAGGAGUUUGAAAACUUAUCUACAGGAAUAAACUACCUCUAAACAAUCAUGACUGCAACGGGAUACGUCAACGCGAACGGAGAAGUCGGAACAAAUGUCGACUCAGCAGACGCGAGAUGCGUCAUUGACAAUCAAAGAGCCGCUGAAGAAAUGAUGACACGUGUGAAGGUGACACCCAUAGAAAGGCAGUCCAGUGACAAUGGAGACGAAAGUGAAGCUUUCAUUGAUAAUAAUCAUCCUCAAAUAGUUUCAUUAAGCGAACAAUCAAAGUCGGACAAUUUUUCGCCGAAUAAAUUAGUGAGAAGAAAGGGCCAACCUGAGGAGGAUGACGAUGAUGAUGACAAGUUACCACCGGAUGGUGGAGUUCGAGCGUGGAUGAUAAUGCUGGGGAGUUUCACUAUUAAUGGAAUUUUGUUCAGUGUCAUUAACUCCUAUUCCCUGAUUUUUCUCAAAUUAUCGGAGAUUCUGAGGGACGCCGGGGAAACUGAGGUCUCAUCGAAAGCUUCAUUGGUUGGCUCGCUGACAAUAGGAACGACAUUUUUCUUGUCUCCUGUUGCUGGGAUUCUCACCGAUAGAAUUGGAAUUCAGAUGACGACAUUCAUCGGUGGUGCACUGGCUUUUGGAGGAAUGUUACUGUCUUCUAUGUUUUCCACUAGGGUUGAAAUUCUGUACCUAACUUACGGCGUUAUGUACGGCCUGGGUGCGAGUCUGGCGUACACACCGAGUUUAGUCAUUUUGGGGCACUACUUCAAACGUUACUUGGGCCUCGUUAAUGGGGUUGUAACCGCCGGAAGCUCUGUAUUUACUACAAUUAUGCCUUACUUAAUGGGUACACUGUUGAAGCGAUUUGGAUUGGUCGGCACACUCAGAAGUUUGGCGGUUCUUACAUCGGUCGUUAUGAUGUGUGCGAUACUCUUCAAGCCAAUACCUGUAACGAAUAAAGCAGCGCACACACCGGAGUCUGGACUAAAUCCGAAGGCCACAUUUAGAUCGAAGAUGAAAACAGUAGUGAACACUUCCAUCUGGAAGAGGAAGAAAUACGUUGUCUGGGCCAGUGCCAUCCCCUUAGCACUCUUCGGGUAUUUCGUCCCCUACGUUCACAUAGCAAAUUUCGUGCAGAGAGUAUUCGACAAAAAUGCCAAUGAGCGUCUCCCGAUCAUGUGCAUUGGGAUAACGUCUGGCAUUGGUCGUCUUGUUUUUGGAUACAUUGCGGAUUUGCCGAGGGUUAAUAGAAUAUUAUUACAACAAAUAUCUUUCUUCAGUAUUGGGAUCUUAACGAUGCUCUUGCCACUGACACCCCCUUACUACUCAAUUCUCCUUGUGAUAACUUUGUUCAUGGGUUUAUUUGACGGAUGUUUCAUAUCAUUACUUGGCCCAAUUGCUUUUGAUAUUUGUGGAAGGGAAGGAGCCACUCAAGCCAUUGGAUUUCUCCUGGGAAUGUGCUCCAUACCUUUAACUGUGGGUCCACCCAUCGCGGGUUUAUUAUUCGAUCAUACAGGGUCUUACACGUUACCACUUGUUCUGGCUGGUAUUCCCCCAAUCAUUGGAGCCGGCGCCAUGUUCCUAGUGUGGUUCGUGAACGAUUCCGAACCGGAAUCUUGUAAGAACCAUGUAGCUGAAGAGUCCAUCAAUGAUGAUGCUUGCCUCAAUGGAAUAGCAAAGCCGGGAUGUGAAUCAAUCGCUGGAUCCGGUGGAAGGAGAGAGGAAGGAGGAAACGAGCUCAAACAUAUGAGGAUUAGCGGAACCACCCCUGCAUCACUCACACAGACAAAUGAGGAUACUUAAAUAUUAAACUAGAAGAAAAGAAUAAUUUUUUACUCGAUUUUCCAUUGUCAUUCUCCUUUGUCAUUUUCUCAAAACCAUUGACACCAAUUGAAUGGAAAUGAGAAAUGGAAUUGUUGAACAGGUUCAGAGAGAAUGAAAGUACAAAAUGCAGAGAAAAGGUCAUGACUCGUCAAUUCCGAAACAAAUCACCGCCUUGAUCAUGAGUAUUUUUAUAUGAUAGCGAGCAUUGAUCAGAGAUCCGUAGUGUCUUCAUGAUGUACCUGCCACACAUCGACAUGGAUUCAUAUUUUUUAGAUGGUCUUUAGACAUGUACCUCUGGAGAAUAGAGGUCGUCAAUUGAGUGCACUGAGAGAAAAACGACAAAGUCCUCAAACAAGUCUUACUUGUGCCAACAAAAUAG